AAAGGAAAGAAAAGUGAGGAAAGGGGAGCAAAAAUAGGCAAGAAGUUGAGCCAAAACAUGUCCAUUCCUUGUCAAAGACAGAGACAAUUCCCAAGCCAAAUAACAAAAAAACAGCCAAAUAAACUUAAAUUAAACAAGAAGAAGAGCCUUCUUUUGAUUAUUCACGGGAAGAAAGAUAAAAGGUUGCUAGUGGGAGAGUAAAAAGUCUUUCAAUCUCAUGUGCCUUAAGAUAACCUCUUCCUAAGGCAAAACACCACAACUAUACAUAUACCACUACCCACAUUCCUCCCUACUCUUCUCACCAUAUCUGUUCUUUUCUCUCCCCUUUUUCGCUCUUUCUUACAUUGCUUUCUGUGCUGUAAGCAUACAAAGUUACAUCAGAUUUUUUUUACAGCAUCAUAAUCAUCAUCAUCAUCAUUGUAUUGCUGCGAAAAGCGAUAUCUUUUUCAUUCUAUCUGUACUUCCAUUUUUGUCAUGGAAACUGCCACCGGUCUCGGUUCUGCAGAAUCAUCUGACAGUACUACUGCAAUCUAUCCCCAGAAUGAGAAACAGCCGUUUCCACAUUCUCCACCACAAAGUUAUGAUAAGCAUAAUAAUCUAGGGACUCUCUCCCUCACUACCAUUCUUCUGAUUGUCAUACCCAUCUUUAUAAUCAUCCUCCUUUCUUUCAUCAUUGUUCUUAUAGUCUUACUUCGACGACAGAGGUCGUCAAAAUGUAACAGCUACACCAGCAACAGCAACAGCAACAGCAACAGCAACAGCGACAAGAGCUGCAAGUUUGUUGCUGAUACUGUUAUCAGUUUUACUGAAAGUAGCCCAGAUUUGAAUAAUGGGUGUAUGUCAACCGCAAGCUCGAGACGUACAUCACAAUCCCAAUACAAAGGAGUACAAGUAUUCACAUACAAGGAGCUAGAAACAGCUACAAACAAGUUCAACGAGGCGAAUGUGAUAGGGCAUGGUGGGUAUGGAGUGGUGUACAGAGGAGUUCUUAGUGAUGGGACUGUGGCAGCCAUUAAGAUGGUUCACAGGGAUGGCAAGCAAGGAGAGCGCGCUUUUAGGAUGGAGGUGGACCUACUCAGCCGUUUACAUUCUCCUAACCUAGUGGAGCUACUUGGCUAUUGCGCGGACCAAAAUCACAGGCUCCUAAUAUUUGAGUUCAUGCCCAACGGCAGCCUACAACAGCAUCUACAUGCACCUCACACCUAUCCUAAGCCGUUAGAUUGGGGCACGCGUCUACGCAUCGCCCUUGAUUGCGCCCGUGCCCUCGAGUUCCUUCACGAGCAUGUAACACCAUCCAUAAUCCACAGGGAUUUCAAAUGCAGUAGCAUUCUACUGGACCAUAACUUUAGAGCAAAGGUGUCUGAUUUCGGUUUGGCUAAGACGGGUUCAAAUAAGAUCAACGGUCAGAUUUCAACGCGCGUCUUAGGGACCACCGGAUACCUGGCUCCAGAGUAUGCUUCAACAGGGAAACUUACAACGAAAUCAGAUGUUUACAGCUUCGGGGUUGUCCUUCUACAGCUCAUAACAGGACGUGUACCAGUUGAUACGAGACGUCCAUCAGGAGAACAUGUCCUUGUCUCUUGGGCUCAUCCAAGGUUAACUCACAGACAAAAGGUAAUGGAAAUGAUCGACCCAAGUCUAAAAGGGCAAUACUCCCAAAAGGAUAUCAUUCAGAUAGCCGCGAUUGCUGCAGUUUGUGUACAAGUAGAACCAGAUUACAGACCUUUGAUGACAGAUGUUGUGCAGUCAUUAAUCCCUUUGGUGAAAAACCUUUCUUCUGUUCCCUCAACCUCAUCAAGAUGUCUUACUAAUUUAGUCAGUCCAAAGUCCAGGAAGUCGUCUUUCUCAUAGACUAUCUAGGAAAACACAGGAUUACAUUCUGUUCGUGUGUUUAUUCUCCUAGAAGCCAAUGAUCAUUAACUUUCUAAGAAUUGCUUCGGAGACAAAACCAGGAUUUAAAUUGGGAUGCAAAGACAUGAACGAGGGAACAAUUUCAAAUAAAUUGGUUGAAAAGGUUCACAUUGCAUCAGUGAAUUAAGAAGAGAAGCAAACAGAUCAAACAGCAGCAUGACAUUACAUGCGUUUCAAAUUCAGGAAUAAUUCGCGGUAUAGGUUUCCAUGUACUUGGAAAGAAGUUAGAUCAAAACAUCAAGUUAUCAGAAUAACAAAAAAAAAAGGUUAUCAGAAGAACAAGUUGUGUUAUCUGAAAACCUAAUGCUGUUUAAAUGAAUUGUAGAAUACUUCUAUAGUUUAUCAUUCAAUAAGCUUUUGUUUCACUAUAGAAUAAUAAAAAUUUCGUGGAAGAUUACCUCCA